AUGACGCAUGCAAGCAAUGUAGAAGCCAUGUCUGCGCCGGCACGCAAAGUUAAGUUCGUCGCGUCAGAUCCCGCUCGUGGCGGUUUGCCUGUCAAGCGACGACAGGUCCAGCAAGCCUGUGAAUCGUGUAGACGGAAAAAGCGAAAAUGCAAUCACGCGGAAGACGCCGCCGCGGACGAUUUCUCGCUGGAUGACCACAAAGGUCUGCCAGAGGCGUCACCUUCGCAGUCCUCGGCCUCCAUAUCGUCUCUCACGCCCUCGGUUCGUGCGAGAUCGCUUGCCGGCGAAGAUGGCGUGCCAUCAGUAUCCAGGGUCAGUCUGAGCUCUGACGUGUCUCCCAUCGCACGGCGUUCUCUUCCGACGGGCUUCAGCCAUGUAGAAGUGCCUGCAAAUGCGCCUGCUACUCCCCAGCUUGCACCGGAUGCUGCCAACAGACCUCAGUCUUCGCGCUUCGUGGGAGACUUGAACCCGGAAGGCAUGUUCAUGGAAGCUGCGGUUCCCAACGUGACUCGGGCCUCGUCACAGAAGGGAGACGUUGGUAUCUGGUUUCCAGCCGCCACGACCGGACAGCAGUCUCAAUUCAUCACCUCUCGCCCUCCGCCGCUCAUGGACAGCUUUAUGCUUCCUUUUGUUCGGGAGCACUGCCUGACUUGUAUGCCCCCUGAACAAGAUUAUGCCAGGCUAAAAGCGACCUUUUUACAAAAAGUCCACCCCGUUUUCCCCGUCAUCCCAGAAGCCGCUCUUAGCGGACCUACGGAUAACCCUGCCCACAUCGCCCUACGACAGCUCGCGUGUUUGGCAGCCGGCUCUGAUCCAGAGAUGGUGUCGCAUCUGCGGCUGAAAAACAAAGGCCCUGGUCUGCUGCGUCCUGCAGAAUUCUCCACCAUACUCUCCUCUUCGGUCCGUGCCAUGUUGGAAACCAGCAUUAUUCCAGAUCGAGUAGUACACAUACAGGCACUCACCAUGCUCUCCCUCUACACUCAGCCCACCUGCGCCGAGGAAUCCGAUUUGCCUGCCCAGCUUGGUGGCAGGGCGAUACACCACAUCCAGACGCUCGGCCUGCAUCUUCUUCGCUACGACGGACCGAAUUAUGGCGACUUGGAAAAUCUCUUUUGCGCAGUGUGGGCACUGGACAGAAUCAAUGCUGCCAUGUAUGGGCGGCCAUGUUUGAUCCACGAGCGAGACAUUGGAGCGGACCUCGAUGCUUGCAUCAAGAAACGCCCGCCUGCCUUUCGGCUCUUACUAUCCGUGGCACAAUGGCUGGAUAAAGUGGUGGAACUAUACCGCCCAGGCCCCAGUGCCCAAGUUUCGGGGUUUGAUAAAGUGGCGUAUAUCGACCUUCCCGUUCUUGAAGCAAUGAUUGUAGAUGCAGAUGCUUUAAAAGUUCCGGCAUCUCUCAUUGCUACCGUCGAAACGUUCUACCAUGCGGUCAUCAUCUUAUCGUGCCGGCUGCCACGGCCAGGGACAAUAAUCGCAGCCUCAACAUUACCACCGCCAUCCGCCAAUGCUCGGCGGUCUCUAGCAGCCGAGCGUAUCGCAUGCGCAGUACCAAGAGACUGCCUUAGCUCGCUUCCUUUUAUUCCCUACGCAGUAUCUCUUGCUCUGAGCGUCGAAUAUCGAAAGAUGAGACACAGCCGGUUACCCAUGUUUCGCGCACGAGCAAUGAAUGCUUUCAGGCGAAACUGCGAUCUCCUUCGAGUCUACGGAGACCACUUCUGGAGUGCCCGCGUUGUUUCCGGACUUGGAGAGCGCGUCUUGAGAGAGAUGGAGCGCGCGGCCAAUACUUUAGCCAAAGAGCUCAGCCCUCAGCCGGCCGACGUCCCAGCCAAGUUAACGGUUGAUGAGCAAGAGGGAUCAACUGCUGCACAAGAUUUGGGAACAGCGGUAUCAUCAGGCGACACUACAACUAUCAAUUCUGCUGCGGGCUUUGAUAACGUCAUUGACUUUUCCAUGAUCAAUUCCAUCUCUGGCCAGGAUGUUUUUGGGCACAUUGAUCCCAACUUCAACCUGGAUGCUGUGGAGGAUGCUCUAGAAGCAAAUCUGGACAUUGGCCUCCCCUUUAACUGGGCAGACUGGGGUCAGUUUGCUCAAUAUUAA